AGUAUUAAAAGCCCAUCGCUGGCGAGCGGAACAUGUUAGCGAAAUUUAGCACAAAACGAGCUUAGCCGGCACUGUAUAGAGGCUUUAUCUUGUGUUGUAUAUUGACAUAGCAGAUCGAACCUAGGGCUGAACACAGGGCCUUAUGGGCCAACUCCUGCGCCAUGCGGCGAGGGAUAUUAUUUUGUGCACUGGCGUCGCUGGUACUGACGACAGCCAAAGGUGUUCCUACAAGUAUAGAAACAAAAGAAGAAGCUAAGGGAGUUAGUAUAGAAGGACGUCACCUCUACGAUAACACAUAUACAAAUGAUAAUGAAUUGGUAGUUGAUAUACAAGACAAUGAGAAAAAGCAGUACUAUGAAACGAAUUACGACACCAAUGCAUACGGCUUUGGUUACGACGUAGGUCCGAACGGCCAGUUCCACCACGAAUCCCGCGGCCCAGACGGGGUCACAUACGGAUGCUACGGAUACGUAGAUCCGGAGGGUUAUCUCCGCGCUACGCACUACGUAGCUGACAGUCACGGAUACCGCGUGGUCGAACCGGAAAAACCAGUAGAAGUGUUCCCUGAUGAAAAAUACGAAUACGAUGAGAAUCCAGAAAAUACUGAAUCUGUACCUGGUCAAACUAUUCCGUGGGAUAGACUAUACUUCCCUAAGGGAUGCGGUCGAACUCCUGGUGGCGUGCCUGCAAAACCCCGUCCGAAACCAACUCGUCCUCCACGUCCACCGCCAGACAGCACUGGGCAAACAAGCAAUCCGAAACCUGAUGUCUUACCACCAAAUGCUGGUGGACCCAACGGUCCUAACGGCCCAUACAGACCAGGCUAUUAUCCUGGAACUUCAGGAACACCCGGAUCUCCUGGCUCUCCCGGCUCUCCCGGUUCUCCCGGCUCUCCAGGCUCUCCCGGUUUUCCUGGCGGACCUGGUGGCCCAGGUGGACCCGGAGGACCGAACGGACCCGGAGGCAGCCCUAACGGUCCUGGAGGAUCAAGCGGUCCUAGUGGACAAGGAGGGCAAGGAGGGUAUUAUCCUGGCACACCCGGAACUCCCGGAUCUCCUGGCAGUCCGGGUGGGCCAGGUGGCCCUGGAGGCCCUGGAGGACCCGGUGGCCCAGGUGGACCCGGAGGUCCGAACGGACCUGUAGGACCGAACGCACCGGGAGGACCGAACGGACCUGGAGGCAGCCCUGAUCGUCCUUAUGGACCAAGCAGUCCUAGUGGACCAGGAGGGCAAGGAGGUUAUUAUCCUGGCACACCCGGAAGUCCCGGAUCUCCUGGCAGUCCAGGUGGUCCAGGAGGCCCUGGAGGCCCCGGAGGACCCGGUGGCCCAGGUGGACCUGGAGGACCGAACGGACCCGGAGGACCAAACCCACCCGGAGGACCCAACGGACCUGGAGGCAUCCCUAAUGGUCCUGGAGGACCAAGCGGUCCUAGUGGACCAGGAGGGCAAGGAGGGUAUUAUCCUGGCACACCCGGAAGUCCCGGAUCUCCUGGCAGUCCAGGUGGUCCAGGAGGCCCUGGAGGGCCUGGAGGGCCCGGUGGCCCAGGUGGACCUGGAGGACCAAACGGACCUGGAGGACCGAACGGACCUGGAGCACCAAACGCACCCGGAGGACCGAACGGACCCGGAGGCAGCCCUAAUGGUCCUUACAGACCAAGCGGUCCUAGUGGACCAGGAGGGCAAGGAGGGUAUUAUCCUGGCACACCCGGAAGUCCCGGAUCUCCUGGCAGUCCAGGUGGUCCAGGAGGCCCUGGAGGCCCUGGAGGACCCGGUGGCCCAGGUGGACCCGGAGGACCGAACGGACCUGGAGGACCGAACGCACCCGGAGGACCGAACGGACCCGGAGGCAGCCCUAAUGGGCCUUAUAGACCAAGCGGCCCUAGUGGACCAGGAGGGCAAGGAGGGUAUUAUCCUGGCACACCCGGAAGUCCCGGAUCUCCUGGCAGUCCAGGUGGUCCAGGAGGCCCUGGAGGCCCUGGAGGACCCGGUGGCCCAGGUGGUCCCGGAGGACCAAACGGACCUGGAGGACCGAACGCACCCGGAGGACCGAACGGACCCGGAGGCAGCCCUAAUGGUCCUUACAGACCAAGCGGUCCUAGUGGACCAGGAGGGCAAGGAGGGUAUUAUCCUGGCACACCCGGAAGUCCCGGAUCUCCUGGCAGUCCAGGUGGUCCAGGAGGCCCUGGAGGCCCUGGAGGGCCCGGUGGUCCAGGUGGACCCGGAGGACCAAACGGACCCGGAGGACCAAACGGACCUGGAGGACCGAACGGACCUGGGGGACCGAAUGCACCCGGAGGACCGAACGGACCCGGAGGCAGCCCUAAUGGUCCUUACAGACCAAGCGGUCCUAGUGGACCAGGAGGGCAAGGAGGAUAUUAUCCUGGAACACCCGGAAGUCCCGGAUCUCCUGGCAGUCCUGGUGGUCCAGGAGGCCCUGGAGGCCCUGGAGGACCCGGUGGCCCAGGAGGACCAGGCGGCCCUAGUUCAGGCACCGAAGGCGGUUACUAUCCGGGCGGUGGACAAGGAAACGGACCCUCUAGUGGAUACUACCCAGGACAAAGUGGCAAUCCUGCAACUCCUGGUACGCCGGGAUCACCAGGUACUCCUGGUACUCCUGGCUCACAAGGAACCCCUGGCAGCCCUGGCUCAACAGGUUCUGGCGGCUAUUACCCUGGCCAAACACCAAGCGGACCAGGUGCAGUCGGUCCCCCUGGAAGUGGAUAUUAUCCAAAUCAACCGGGCAGCUCAGGUUCACCCGGAGCACCCGGAACACCUGGCGGGCCAGGCCAACCUGGACAGCCCGGACAACAAGGACAGCCCAGCUACCCAGGUCAACCUGGCCAGCCCGGACAACCAGGUUACCCAGGACAACCAGGAACAUCAGGACAACAAGGACAGCCAGGAUACCCAGGAACACCUGGACAGUCCGGAAAACCAGGACAAAGCGGAACCCCAGUUCAACCUGGAGGUCCAGGCCAAGUAGGUCAACCUAGUCAACCAGGGCAAACCGGCUACCCAGGACAACCCGGAGGCCCAGGCCAAGUUAGUCAACCUAGUCAACCAGGACAACCCGGUUACCCAGGGCAAGUUGGUCAACCUAGUCGACCAGGACCAACCGGGUACCCAAGUCAACCAGGACAGCCUGGUUACCCAAGUCAGCCAGGAAAACCAGGGCAAGGCGGAGCACCAGGACAACCAGCAGGCCCAGGCCAAGUUGGUCAACCUAGUCAACCAGGACAGCCCGGUUACCCAGGGCAAGUAGGUCAACCUAGUCAAUCAGGACAACCCGCGUACCCAGGGCAACAAGGACAGCCCGGACAGGCCGGCUACCCAGGUCAGCCCGGACAACCAGGACAAAGCGGAGCACCAGGUCAGCCCGGUUACCCAGGUCAACCAGGACAGCCGGGACAGCCCGGACAGGCUGGUUACCCAGGUCAGCCUGGACAAACAGGACAGUCUGGUUACCCUAGUCAGCCCGGAAUACCAGGACAAGGUGGAGCACCAGGUCAACCCGGUUACCCAGUUCAACCCAGCUACCCAGGUCAACCCGGUUACCCAGGUCAAUCAGGACAGCCGGGACAGCCCGGACAGGCUGGCUACCCAGGUCAGCCGGGACAACCAGGACAGUCUGGUUUUCCAAGUCAGCCCGGACAACCAAUACAAGGUGGAGCACCAGGACAACCCGGGUACCCAACUCAACCAGGACAGCCAGGACAAGGUGGACAGCCUGGGUACCCAGGACAACCCGGAACAUCAGGACAACCUGGACAGGGUGGCUAUCCAGGUCAGCCCGGACAACCAGGGCAGUUUGGUUACCCAAGUCAGCCUGGAAAACCAGGACAAGGCGCAGCACCAGGACAAUCCGGAAGCUCAGGCCAAGUUGGUCAACCUAGUCAACCUAGUCAACCAGGACAACCCGCGUACCCAGGACAACAAGGACAGCCCGGACAGGCUGGAUACCCAGGUCAGCCUGGACAAUCAGGACAGCCCGGACAGGCUGGAUACCCAGGUCAGCCUGGACAACCAGGACAGCCCGGUUACCCAGGGCAAGUUGGACAACCUAGUCAAUCAGGACAACCGGCGUACCCAGGGCAACAAGGACAGCCCGGACAGGCUGGCUACCCAGGUCAGCCCGGACAACCAGGACAAAGCGGAGCACCAGGUCAACCAGGACAGCCGGGACAGCCCGGACAGGCAGGCUACCCAAGUCAGCUCGGAAAACCGGGACAAGGCGGAGCACCAGGACAACCCGCAGGCCCAGGCCAAGUUGGUCAACCUAGUCAACCAGGACAACCCGGUUACCCAGGGCAAGUUAGUCAACCUAGUCAACCAGGACAACCCGCGUAUCCAGGGCAACAAGGACAGCCUGGACAGGCCGGCUACCCAGGUCAGCCCGAACAACCAGAACAGUCGGGUUACCCAAGUCAGCCCGUAAGGCCAGGACAAAGUGGAGCACCAGGUCAACCCGGUUACCCAGGUCAACCAGGACAGCCGGGACAGCCCGGACAGGCUGGUUACCCAGGUCAGCCCGGAAAACCAGGACAAGGUGGAGCACCAGGACAACCCGUAGGCCCAGGCCAAGUUGGUCAACCUAGUCAACCAGGACAACCCGGUUACCCAGGGCAAGUUGGUCAACCUAGUCAACCAGGACCAACCGGGUACCCAAGUCAAACAGAACAGCCAGGUUACCCAAUUCAGCCCGGACAACCAGGACAAGGCGGAGCACCAGGACAACCCGGAGGCCCAGGCCAAGUUGGUCAACCUAGUCAACCAGGACAACCCGGUUACCCAGGGCAAGUUGGUCAACCUAGUCGACCAGGACCAACCGGGUACCCAAGUCAACCAGGACAGCCUGGUUACCCAAGUCAGCCAGGACAACCAGGGCAAGGCGGAGCACCAGGACAACCAGCAGGCCCAGGCCAAGUUGGUCAACCUAGUCAACCAGGACAGCCCGGUUACCCAGGGCAAGUAGGUCAACCUAGUCAAUCAGGACAACCCGCGUACCCAGGGCAACAAGGACAGCCCGGACAGGCCGGCUACCCAGGUCAGCCCGGACAACCAGGACAAAGCGGAGCACCAGGUCAGCCCGGUUACCCAGGUCAACCAGGACAGCCGGGACAGCCCGGACAGGCUGGUUACCCAGGUCAGCCUGGAAAACCAGGACAAGGUGGAGCACCAGGACAACUCGGAGGUCCAGGUCAAGUUAGUCAACCUAGUCAACCAGGACAACCCGGUUACCCAGGGCAAGUUGGCCAACCUAGUCAACCAGGAUAUCCCAGUUACCCAGGGCAAGUUGGUCAACCUAUUCAACCAGGAUCAACCGGGUACCCAAGUCAACCAGGACAGCCCAGUUACCCAAGUCAGCCAGGAAGACCAGGACAAGGCGGAGCACCAGGACAACCCGUAGGCCCAGGCCAAGUAGAUCAACCUACUCAACCAGGACAAUCCGGUUACCCAGGACAAGUAGGUCAACCUAGUCAACCAGGACAACCCGCGUACCCAGCGCAACAAGGACAGCCUGGACAGCCUGGCUACCCAGGUCAGCCCGGACAACCAGAACAGUCUGGUUACCCAAGUCAGCCUGGAAAACCAGGACAAAGCGGAGCACCAGGUCAACUCGGUUACCCAGGUCAACCAGGACAGCCGGGACAGCCCGGACAGGCUGGUUACCCAGGUCAGCCCGGAAAACCAGGGCAAGGUGAAGCACCAGGACAACCCGGAGGCCCAGGCCAAGUUGGUCAACCUAGUCAACCAGGACGACCCGGUUACCCAGGGCAAGUUGGUCAACCUAGUCAACCAGUGCAACCCGGUUACCCAGGGCAAGUUGGUCAACCUAGUCAACCAGGACCAACCGGGUACCCAAGUCAACCAGGACAGCCCGGUUACCCAAUUCAGCCCGGACAACCAGGAGAAGGCGGAGCACCAGGACAACCCGGAGGCCCAGGCCAAGUUGGUCAACCUAGUCAACCAGGACAGCCCGGACAGGCUAGUUACCCAAGUCAGCCCGUAAAACCAGGACAAGGCGGAGCACCAGGUCAACCCGGUUACCCAGGCCAACCUGGUUACCCAGCUCAACCAGGACAGUCUGGUUUUCCAAGUCAACCCGGACAACCAGUACAAGGUGGAGCACCAGGACAACCCGGUUACCCAGGUCAACCUGGUUACCCAACUCAACCAGGACAGCCAGGACAAGGUGGACAGCCUGGGUACCCAGGACAACCCGGAACAUCAGGACAGCCCGGACAGGCUGGCUACCCAAGUCAACCCGGAAAACCAGGACAAGGUGGAUCACCAAGUCAACCCGGAAGCACAGGCCAAGUUGGUCAACCUAGUCAACCAGGACAACCCGGUUACCCAGGGCAAGUUGGUCAACCUAGUAAACCAGGACAAACCGGGUACCCAAGUCAAUCAGGACAACCCAGUCAGCCCGGACAAGCAGGCCAGAGUGGAGCACCAGGACAAUCUGGAGCACCAGGACAACCCGGAGCACCAGGGCAACCAGGAGCACCAGGACAACCUGGAGCACCAGGACAACCCGGAACACCAGGACAACCCGGAGCACCAGGACAGCCCGGUCAGCCUGGAUAUCCUGGUCAACCUACUCAAUCAACACAGCCUGGUUACCCAGGGCAGGCCGGAAAACCAGGACAAGGUGGAUCACCAGGACAUACCGGAGGCCCAGCUCAAGUAGGUCAACCUAGUCAACCAGGACAAACCAUACAACCAGGACAGGGUGGAGCACCAGGACAAUCCGGAGCACCAGGACAAUCCGGAGCACCAGGACAACCUGGAGCAUCAGGACAGCCCGGGCAACCUGGCUAUCCAGGUCAACCUAGUCAACCAGGACCAUCUGGCUACCCAAGUCAGUCUGGACAACCAGGACAAGGUGGAGCACCAGGACAACCUAGCUACCCAAGUCAACCUAGUCAACCAGGACAAAUUGGCUACCCAGGUCAGCCAGAACAGCCAAGUCAGCCAAGUCAACCAGGUCAGCCAAGUAAGCCGGGACAGUCUGGGCAGCCAGGACAAGGUGUAAAACCAGGACAAACAGAAGGAUCGGGUCAAAUGGGUCAACCAGGCCAACCAGGACAACCCGGACAACCCGGCUACCCGAGUCAGCCAGGACAACCAGGACAAGGUGGAACACCAGGACAAGCUGGAACACCAGGAAAACCUAGCCAAGCAGGGCAGCCUGGUUACCCUGGGCAACCAGGAACAACAGGACAGACCGGACAACAAUCAGGAGGUGGUGAUUCAGUCGGACAGCCUACUGGAACUGGAGUUCAGCCACCGGUUUAUCCGCCUUACAGCCAGAUGCCGCCAUUCCCUAUUUACGUCAUACCGUACCCCCUACCUAUUGUACCAAGUCCAGGAUCAUGUCCAUGCUAUCUUUUAAACCCAGGGAAAAAUGACUCAACUGCAGUUUCUCAACAGCAAGGACAGGGCUACCCAGCUAACCAGGGCUAUUAUAGUCCAUACGGUAUCAUUGGAUUCAUACCUGUCGUAUUUGUACCUAGCUGCCCUGGAAAUGCUACCAAUAUGCAGUCUGCUCAGCAAAAUUUCCCUAAUGCUGUACCUGUUCCUUACAAUUGUGCACAAUGUCAAGGAAAUGGAGGUGCUUACAGAUAUCUGGGAAGAUUAAACGGUGGACGUAGUGCUAAUUUUAAACUAAAUGAUUUAAAAGAAAUCCGAUCCUUAACGGAACUCGAAAACCUCUUGAAAAAUCAAAUAAAACCAAUGCGGAAGAGUCUACGAAGAUUAUCCGUUCAUCCAAUAAUUUUAGAUGAUGUUAAACUUAGAAAUAAUAAUGCAACAACAAUAAGUUAAAUUGUGGGUAAUAAAUUAUUAAAAUAUCGAGGUUACCAACCUUAGGUAAGGGGAAAUAAAUGAAUGAUACGAGUUCAAUUAAUUUUGAGACUGUCCGAUAGUGUCUUGGACGAUCUCAAAAUUGUUCACUUAAUAUUUAUUCUCUGCUUAAUAUUUAUAGAAAAUAUAUUUAUAAGAAAAUGAUGUUUUGUAAAAAUUUACAUAUUAUUGUAGAAUUAUGUAAGUAGGUAUGUAAUAUUUACAACCAUAACACAAUGCAUAAUGUAUGUUUUAUAUUUAAAUAUAUGCGAUAAUUCUGGUGUCGCAACUUUUGUAAUUAUUGAAAAUGCAAUAAAUCUAAUAAAUU